GGCUGGGACGGCGGCAUGGCCCCCCCGCCUAAGGGCCCCGCCGCCCGCAAGCUGCUCUGCAUGUGCAGCCUCUCCCUCUGCCUCACCUACCUCUGCUACAGCCUCAUGGGGGGCCCCGCCGGACGAGGCGCCCCCCUCGCCGCCCCCGCCCCCUCCAGCCCCCCGCCCGCCCGCGCCGGCCUCCGCGCCACCACGACGCCCGGCGCCCCGCAGCCCACCCGCCCCGCGGCGGCCGCCCCCUCCGCCGCCAGCCCCGCCGCCCCCGGGGUCGCCACGGCCGCGCCGGAGCAGGGCGAGAAGCGGCUGCCGCAGGCGCUGAUCGUGGGCGUGAAGAAGGGGGGCACCCGCGCCCUGCUGGAGGCGCUGCGGGCCCACCCCGACGUGCGCGCCGUCGGCACCGAGCCCCACUUCUUCGACCGCAACUACCACAAGGGCCUCGACUGGUACAGGGAGGUGAUGCCCCCGACCCUCGAAGGGCAGCUCACCAUGGAGAAGACCCCCAGCUACUUCGUUACCAGCGAGGCCCCCCAGAGGAUCUACUCCAUGGCCAAAGACGCCAAGCUGAUCGUGGUGGUGCGCGACCCCGUGACGCGGGCCAUCUCGGACUACACCCAGACCCUCUCCAAGAAGCCGGACAUCCCCACCUUCGAGGUGUUGGCCUUCAAGAACCGAACGCUGGGCCUGAUCGACGCCUCCUGGAGCGCCAUCCGCAUCGGGAUCUACGCGCUGCACCUGGAGAGCUGGCUCCAGUACUUCCCUCUCUCGCAGAUCCACUUUGUCAGUGGCGAGCGGCUCAUCGAAGACCCGGCGGGGGAGAUGGCCAAGGUGCAGGACUUCCUGGGCCUCAAGAGGGUCGUGACGGAGAAGUAUUUCUAUUUCAAUCAGACCAAGGGGUUCCCCUGCCUCAAGAAGCCCGAGGACAGCAGCGCCCCACGGUGCCUCGGCAAGUCCAAGGGCCGGACUCAUCCCAAAAUAGACCCGAGCGUGAUCCAGAGGCUGCGGAAAUUUUACAAGCCCUUCAAUGUCAUGUUUUACCAAAUGACGGGCGAGGAUUUCCAGUGGGAGCAGGAAGAGGGCGAGAAGUGAGGCCGGAGGGGAGCGUG